AUGGGCAAUGGCCAAUCUUCAGCUCUGCCUCGGCCUCAUUCACCGCUUUCAGCUCAUGCAGGAAACAGUCCUCAAGAUAGCCCUCGGAAUUUCUCUCCCAGUGCCUCAGCCCACUUUUCUUUUGCACGAAGUCAUGGGCACCGAAAUGACAGGACUGAUGGUCGCCGCUGGUCUUUGGCUUCUCUCCCUUCUUCUGGCUAUGGUACAAAUACACCCAGCUCAACUGUUUCUUCAUCCUGCUCAUCUCAAGAGAAGCUACACCAGUUACCGUACCAGCCAACACCUGAUGAGCUACAUUUUUUGUCUAAACAUUUCUGUACCACUGAGAGCAUUGCCAGUGAUAACAGGUGCAGGACCACUGCAAUGCGCCCUCGGUCCCGAAGUCUCAGCCCUGGUCGUUCUCCUGCCUGCUGUGACAAUGAAAUAAUUAUGAUGAACCAUGUCUACAAAGAAAGGUUCCCAAAGGCCACAGCUCAGAUGGAAGAAAGGCUUCGGGACAUUAUAAGAAAUCAUUCUCCAGAGAACGUCCUUCCCUUGGCAGAUGGAGUGCUCAGUUUUACCCACCAUCAGAUCACAGAACUAGCUCGAGAUUGUUUGGAUAAAUCCCACCAGGGCCUCAUCACAUCACGAUACUUCCUUGAAUUACAGCAGAAAUUAGACAAAUUGCUGCAGGAGGCUCAAGAGCGGUCAGAGAGUGGAGAAAUGGCAUUUAUUAAGCAACUUGUCCGAAAAAUCCUGAUAGUUAUCGCUCGUCCUGCCCGCUUACUGGAAUGCCUGGAAUUUGAUCCUGAAGAAUUUUACUAUCUUUUGGAAGCAGCUGAAGGCCAUGCUAAAGAGGGGCAAGGCAUUAAAACAGACAUCCCUCGAUAUAUUAUUAGUCAGCUGGGCUUAAAUAAAGAUCCUCUGGAAGAAAUAGCUCAGCUAGCUAACUGUGACAGUGGGACAGCAGAAAGUCUUGAAGUGGAUGAAUCAAUAAAUAGCUGUAAUACCUCACUGAAGCUGCAGAGGAAACCUCGGGAAAGUGAUUUUGAAACAAUUAAACUGAUUAGUAAUGGAGCUUAUGGGGGAGUAAUCCAUGAUGCGGUUUAUUUUGUGAGACACAAAGAAACCAGACAAAGAUUUGCCAUGAAGAAAAUUAAUAAGCAGAAUCUUAUCCUCCGAAACCAGAUACAACAGGCCUUUGUCGAGCGUGAUAUCCUGACAUUUGCAGAAAAUCCAUUUGUUGUGAGCAUGUAUUGCUCCUUUGAAACAAGACGUCAUUUAUGCAUGGUCAUGGAAUAUGUAGAAGGUGGAGACUGUGCUACUUUGAUGAAGAAUAUGGGUCCCUUACCUGUAGACAUGGCAAGGAUGUACUUUGCAGAGACUGUUCUCGCCUUGGAAUACCUUCAUAAUUAUGGAAUUGUACACAGGGAUUUGAAACCAGACAAUUUAUUGGUAACAUCCAUGGGCCAUAUAAAGCUUACAGACUUUGGCCUGUCAAAGGUGGGGCUAAUGAGUUUGACUACCAAUCUGUAUGAGGGUCACAUUGAGAAGGAUGCCAGAGAAUUCCUUGACAAACAAGUCUGUGGUACACCUGAAUAUAUAGCUCCUGAAGUGAUACUGAGACAGGGUUAUGGAAAACCAGUGGACUGGUGGGCUAUGGGAAUUAUCCUUUAUGAAUUUCUUGUUGGGUGUGUGCCAUUCUUUGGAGAUACACCAGAAGAGCUAUUUGGACAAGUAAUCAGUGAUGAAAUCAACUGGCCUGAAAAGGAUGAAGCACCACCUCCAGAUGCCCAGGAUCUGAUUACACUGCUGCUCAGGCAGAAUCCUUUGGAGAGACUGGGAACAGGUGGUGCAUAUGAAGUAAAGCAACAUGAGUUCUUCAGGAGCCUUGACUGGAAUAGUCUGCUGAGGCAGAAAGCAGAAUUUAUUCCACAAUUGGAGUCUGAAGAUGACACCAGUUAUUUUGACACUCGUUCUGAGAAAUACCACCAUAUGGAAACUGAGGAAGAAGAUGAUACCAAUGAUGAAGAUUUUAAUUUGGAGAUAAGACAGUUUUCCUCAUGCUCACACAGAUUUUCAAAAGUUUUUAGUAGCAUAGAUCGAGUCACUCAAAUGCAAGGUGAAGAAAAGGAAGAUGCAGGAGACAAAACAAAAAGCAUAACAUUGCCUUCCGUGGAAUCUUUAAGCUGGAGUUCAGAAUAUUCUGAAAUACAGCAAAUAUCUACGUCCGCUUCCUCUGACACUGAGAGCAACAGGCAGCGACACGGUUCUGGUUUGCUUCCAAAGUUGGCUGUAUCAUCUGAAGGAGAACAGGAUGAUUCCACCAGCUUAGUGGGACCCCGGGAGGAACAGGAAAAACCUGCAUUUGUGACUGAGGAAAUAGUGCAAGACGAACCUGAAGUAACCACUCCAGCAAGUACGAUCAGCAGCUCCACGCUAUCAGUUGGCAGUUUUUCAGAGCACUUAGAUCAGAUAAAUGGAAGAAAUGAGAGUGUGGACAGUACAGAUAACUCUUCAAAGCCACCCAGUGAAGUUGCAUCUCACAUGGCUCGUCAGCGAUUAGAAAGCACAGAAAAAAAGAAGAUCUCUGGAAAAGUCACAAAGUCCCUUUCUGCAAGUGCUUUGUCCCUCAUGAUUCCAGGAGAUGUGUUUGGUGUUUCUCCUUUGGGAAGUCCUAUGUCACCUCACUCUCUAUCAUCUGAUCCUCCAUCUUCCCGAGAUUCAUCUCCCAGCCGUGAUUCAUCAAUUGCUGCUGCAAGUCCUCAUCAACCAAUAGUAAUUCACAGUUCAGGAAAAAAGUACGGCUUCACCAUCCGAGCAAUCAGGGUUUACGUGGGUGACAGUGAUAUCUACACUGUGCACCAUAUUGUUUGG